AUGGCGGCGCCUGCCGGGGCCUCGCUCGACGAGGUGGUGUUGGAUCCCAACGCGCCGGCCGCAGCGGGCUCCAAGUCGGAGCCCGCGGCCGUCGCCGCGUCGGGCCGCUGCUGCUGCAGGCGCCCACGGUGCCUCUGCGUCGGCGCGUGCUGCGGCUGCUGCUGCGUCGUGCCGCUGGUGGUGAUCGGGGCCAUCGCGGCUUCGGUCGCCGACGAGUACUGCGGUCUGGGCCCCCUCCAGAGCAUGCUGAGGCGGGCUCCUCUCACCGAAGAGGAGAUCCACAAUGGCAGCUCUGGCGACUCGGUCUGCAGUCGCUCCCAGUUCCUCGGGGCGAGGCCGAGCAGCUGUGCUGCGAGGGCGUGGAUUUCACAGGAGUUUAUCGAUCACUUGGCCGACGAGGCGCAAGACAUCGUCAACCAGGAGUUCGCCACCAUGGCCAACGAGAUGAUCAACUCCGCUGGAUACGAGGAGGUCGAUGGAAGUGCCUCGGGCGUGCAGUGGGCCAUCUCCGACGCAUCAGUGGACCACGUGAGCGUCGGACACGUGAGCUUCGCCUUCGCGGCGGGCCGCGGCUUGGUCAUGACGAUGGAGCAGCUGCGCAUGACCGCCUCCUUCAGCUUCGACGGCAAGCACUCCAAUGGAAUCUCCGACAGCGGCCGGAUCGCGCUGGCCUUGAAUUCCGGCACUUCGGCGUCGGGCAUCAUCGACGUCAGUGUCACAGAGGGUGGCAAGCCCCUGCUGACGCUCCAGCCCGGCGCCCUCUCAGUCAACAUCGACACCGACGUGACUUUCGACGGCUCUUGGAUCGGUUCCAUCCUGCAGGUGUUCACCGACCCAGUCAAGCCUUGUGCCGACGAAUCCUUGGAGGCCGCCGUCACGACCUUGGCCCACGACUUUGUUGCGGUGACGCUUGCGAGGUCGUUCCUGUUGGGCCUGCCCCUCCCAGAGCUGCCGCCCUACGUCGGCGGCCACGGCGAGCCGCAGGACUGCUGGGCCUUCGACUACUCCCUCUGCGCCAUCGACACCUUCUCGAACCACAUGGGCGUCCACGUGCGGGCUGCGUUGGUCGACGUGGCCGACCCUGCGCUCAUCUACCACAGCUCGCCGCAGGCCCUGCCACAGGUCCAGGAGGAGAGGGUCGGGACGUCGAUGACGUCCCUGGCAAUGAGCGAGUGGGUCGUAGCCAGCAGCACCUGGCUGAUGUGGAAGCGCGGCAUACUCAGCUUGGACAUGGACCUCGCCGAGCAGCUUCCCGCACUGCACGACUCCUUGCGCUCCGUUUUCCCCGAGACCCGUUUGAGAUUGAAGCUCGAUGUCGGGGAGGAGCCCACAUUCGUCUUCCAGGAUCAGGCUGUUUCCUUCGAGGCCCGGGACGUCAGGUUGCAGAUCGUCAACGACGCGGUUUGCCAGUCGUUCGACGGUAUUCCCUGCGUCUUCCCGUUCGAGUACGGUGGCAGCACUUACAGCGGUUGCACGGCCGCCAACUGGAUAACCCCUUGGUGCGCCACUGCUGUCUCGGGCUCCGGGAGCAUGAGCGACUGGGGACACUGCUCGACGACGUGUGUCGGCUCGCUCGUCGACCUCGGGACCGACGCUGGCCUCAGAAUCGAACCGAAGAUCGAGAACCAGACCUUCGGCGUGAGCCUCGCGAACUUUUACGUGGGCUACCUGUCCGUGGACUCCAGCUGCAACACCCUGUUCAGCGAACCCUGUGUAUUCCCCUUUACCUACAACUUCCAGACGUACACCGAGUGCACGACGGCUGGCACUGGCUGGCCGGGCUACAGCUGGUGCGCCACCGAGGUCGACUGGCUCGGGGUCGUGUCGAGCGGAAGGUGGGGGGUCUGCAGUCCGGUGUGCUCGGGCUUCAGGGCCCUCAUCAUGGACCCCAUCAACCAGCAGGUCGACGCCCUCCUGAGCCAGAGCAUGGGCCCCAGCGUGCCGCUCAACCGGGAGCUCCCGGGCCUUCCGCAGCUGCUGAACACGAGCCUCUCGGUGGACGCCGCCUCCUUCAUGGUGUGGACGGACGUGCACCUGCGGCUGGAGAACCCCGGAGAUCUCAUGACGAAGUACUUGGACAGACCAAAGUUAGACAAAUUCUGCAAGAAGCUCGGCUACGCCGCACGAGGCCCGGGGCGCCCGGGAGGGCCGCAGGCCGCUCCCGGCAGGGCCGCGGAGCGCUCCGGGGACCGGGAGAUGGCCUGGCUGGCAGUGCGAGAGGACCCGGAGGCGUUCGUCCACGCCGACAAGUCGUUGCGGGGCGACAAGGGCCUUGCGAUGGAGGCGCUGCGGAGGAAUCUGGGGCCGCGCGCUGCAGUACGUCCCGGAGGAGCUCCGGGGCGACCGCGAGGUGGCGCUGGCCGCGGUGGGGCACUGCGGGGAGGCGCUGCGCUUCUCGGAGCUGUCGCGGGACUUCGACGUCGCCCUCGAGGCUGUCAGGCAGGAGGGCAUGUCGCUGCGGUGGGCCUCCGAGGCGCUGCGCGACAACCGCGAGCUCGUGCUGGAGGCGGUGCGGCAGAACGGCCGCGCGCUGCGGUACGCCUCCGCGGCGCUGCGGGCGGACGAGGAGCUGGUGCGGGAGGCUGUGAAGUGCGACACCGACGCGUUCGCCUACGCGGCCCAGGAGCUGAAGCCUGCGCUGGAGGACUUCAUGGAGCACAUGUGGUUGGAGGCGGGGGUCCACCUCGAGAGGCGCAGGAUCGGGCAGGAGGCGGCGCUCUAGAAGCAGACCCCUUGCCGCUUCGGGGCGCGCGUGAGCUGGCCCUGCCGACUGCGCCCCGCGUGCACUGCCUCUCGCUGCUGUUCCUGGCGCCCCCCCUGUCCAGAGGCAGUGUGCAGGCCUUUGCUGCCUGCCCCUGCCUGUCAGAAGGUCUCCGACGGGAGAAGGUUCGAUGCCAGCGAAGCCCCUGGGCCCGAGGCCUGCCCCGCAUCGUGUGUGGGACAUGGUGGGUCCACUUGCGCGCGCUUCGUAGUGCCCCGGCGAUGGAUCUGGCGGUGCGCACGGAGAGAGGGUCGCCCCCACCCGGUUCGCUUUGGCCUCGUGUUCGCGCGGCCAAGAUAUGAUUUGUUCGGUCGGGGCGUUUUCUGUCGGCAUCGGCACCCAGGAGCCCGUUCAGUGCCUUGCCCCGGGAUCAUCAACGCUUGAUCCAGAGUCAGGAACCCUCGUGCCGCGCAUUUUAGCGGAAGUGCAUCGUCAGAUGCCUGGGCACGCGGGCAUUGCUCCUGAUCCAGGGCUCGAGCUAACGGUUUGUUGACGAACACGAAACACAUUGUUGAGCUCGAGCCCUGCGCCUCCGAUAUGUCUCACCGCCUGCGCUGCCUUUGGCCGGGGCUCCCGGAUGGGGCCUCCAGAUCCGUCUCACCGCUGGCGCCGACCUGGGCGAUGGAGGCGCGCCGCCGCCGAGAGCCUCGUCGCCAGGAGCGAGCUCGCAAAACCUGCUCGCCUCGGAGGCGGCCUUCUCGCGCACCCGCUCAAGCAUCGGCUCGCGGAGCUCCGCGCGGAUGUGUACCUUGGCUCGGCGCGGGACCCCCCUGCGCCGCGCCUCGGGCGCCGCCCCCGGCGCGCUCCGCGGGCCAGGGAAGGGGCCCGGUGCAGAUCCCGGUUUCUGGUGCUUCUCUUGCUCACUGUCUUCGGCAGGGAGCGCCCUUGGUCCCCCCUCCCGCCCCUCCGCGGCCGCCUCUCCUCCUCGCGCGCCCCUGCCCCCCCCCCCUUGCUGCCGGG